GAAUUACAAGUGCCCAUCGCUAAAUACAAGUGUAGGCUAAAAGCCCACCAAAACGCAUUGUGACCCGAUCUCUCCAACCACUUGCCGAGUUGGUCUGGACUAGAUAUUACUUGGACGUAACAGGAAAUACGUCACCAAUGCUUGCAUCUUUUACAUCUUUCUUUCUCUUGAAAAUAAGUCUGAUGGGUUCAGCUUAGAUGACACUAUAUUGCAUGUACUAAGUUAGGGUUUGUUUAUCAACCUGUUCAUUGACAUGUUCAGGAAAGACAGUCUUCAUGCUGUUCAGCCGUCGAAGUUAAGUUUCGUUUUCGGAGAAAAAACACAGCGUUGCUAAGUAAGUCACCUGAUCUGACCGCUAUAUAUACGAGGUAAACCUGCCGAGGAGUACAAUACACGCUUGGAAUAUCGACGUUAGACGUAUUCGACUCCUGUAUUAUUUUCCCCCGUAUUACUUUUCUUUAAAGGGAAAUACGUUCUCUCAAAGAUGAGAUUAUAGGUCCAAUGAUAUCAUAUAAUGGCAGUCUCCAAAACCACCAGGCGCAUAGACUUAUGCCCACUACUGAGGACACACGAGCUGCACGCUGCCUGCCGCUCUUGCUGCAAACAGAAAGCUGAAAUCACAUUCUGUCUAGUUGAGCAUACCGAUGCCAGAUCGAAUCACCGAUGCCAGGGAAAUAUUUUACUGGCAAGGGAGAGAGGUGCAGACCGAUGGAGGCCAGUUAAGUCACUACCUUCAUUUGUCACACCAGCCAAAUACGUAGUGUGCUGGAAUUUUAAGGAAGGAUUUGGUUGCAGAUCCCAUGGGAAAAGUUGUUCAUUUGCUAGUAGCUCAGAGGAAGCAACAGUGUGGAAUUUCUUAAAAAACUCCAGGCUGGACCACAGGGCACUUAUCAACAUGUUAGAAUCUGGAACAAAUCCUCCAUCCCGAUUGGAAGAUCACCCUGGAGGCACAGACAGGAUUCUAAGCCGGUUUCCAGGGAGGUUCUUGGAACUGUGUGAGACGUGUUUCCAUAGCAGUCCACAGCGGAUAUCCAGAAAGCAAAGCGCUGGACAUCCAACAUGUUGCACCUCCAAUCAUCGCUGGAAACCUAUUCUGGUUUUCUCUGAGGACAAUCAGCAAAAGAAUGUGGAAUACCAUAUAAUAAGAGCAUUGCCCAACGUAGACUACUCUCAGUGGCGAUACUGUAGGUAUGUAGAACGUGGACAACCAUGCUGGCACGGUGCUCAUCGCUGUUGGUUUGCUCACAGUGAGGUGGAGAUGGCAGUAUGGACAGAGGAAAGCCAGGGGCCAUUUGAUCGCUCCAAACUGCUGGGAAAAGAUGUGCAGAGGUCACAGGGAUCGGUGGCUAAUUCAACACCACCAGGGAAGCUGCAGAAGUGUAUGGAGGAGCACUACUGCAAGCUCUGCCGAUGCAAGUUCCGCUCUCAGGAAGACUAUAUGAACCACUGCUUCACAAGUGAACAUAGGCAACGUAUCUUUGAAGAUGGCUCAGAAAAGGGAAAAUACAGAGACCCACCCCAAACUUACCAUUCCUUCAAAAUGUGCCAAAGGCCUCACACAUGUGAAUAUGGAGACAGAUGUUUGGAGGCACAUUCUGCAGAAGAACUGCAGGAGUGGCUCUCCAGAGCAAGGGCUUCCAGAAAGAAGGCCAGCGCGGCAGAAGAACAGGGUUUACUGUCUUACCAGGACCGCUUACUAGAGGAGUACCGGAGCAGUUCCAACCCAGACCACAUUAUAUCUGAAACUGUUUCAGGAGUUACAGGCAACUGUGAUAUGGACCUGUCCACAUCUGUCCAAAAGGAGAAAGUUCCAGUGAGAUGGAAAUUUACUAUAGUUUCUAAAAAACCUCUGGCUGAGAUUGCAUUACUCAAACAGGAGCCAGGGGCUUCAUUCACAUUAGGUGAAAACAGCAAUGAACAUCGAACACACUCCACAGGUGACUGGUAUCGCACAUCUAGCGCACGUAUGGAGUGUAGAUAUGAAGUGACAGUGUCCUUUGUGUCCACCCACCCUGGACUGUAUGAACAGUGGCUAGUGUUUGACUUUGACACACGGCCAGUUCUUCUACACAAACUCCAGGUCAGGGUUGGUGUGCCACCCUCUCCCCAUCCAGAGAUUUGGGAGAAAUCCUCAGUCCCCACAGGCCUUUCGUCUCCACAUCUGAAGCUUUGGAACAGAGGAAACAGGGUCAUCGUCCCAUACUUUAACCGGGCUGAAGCAGAGAUAAAACUUCUUAAAGAGUUUAAGCCACCCGCCAUGAACUCCCAGUAUUACCAGCUGACCAAUGACUGUGUUCCCAUUAGUCAUCACAACUACAGGGAGAAAAUGCACAACUUCUUAGACCAAGAGGAGCUAGCUGAGGAGCAAAUUGUUUGCAGGCUCAAUCUUCAUGGGAACAUUAUAUUGUCAGAUAACUUGUGUGACAUUCGUUUUGGGCUGAAAAUGGCUUACGAUGGAGAACUCUUCGCGCAACUUCUGGUCUCCCAUGCACUCACCCCAGACACCCCCGAGGGGUUCAUGUUGAAACGAUGCGUGGAGUUCGUUCUUGUGGGUGAGGUCACUACAAAUGAUCAAAGCCAAAAAGUCUACGAGGCUAAGAUCCUUAGAGAUACAGCCAGUGAGAAGGAGAUACACCUGCAGCUCUCCAGAGAGUGCUGUUCAGACUUGGGUCUUCAAAAGGGUCAGACACGUAUGAUGGAGGUCCAGUUCCAGCUUAACCGCCUCUGGUUCUGUGAGAUGCACAAGGCCGUUGACCUCCUUCCAGAUCUUCAGUGCGUACUGCCAGACUUUAGUAAGACUUGUGUUCCUGUACAUUCAACAAAACACCGCAUGGACGACACACCCAAUGUAAAGCAACAGGCAGCAAUGGGCUUCAUUCUUGGGAACCCUGAUGGCAAAAACCGCGUGGCGCCACUGCUGAUAUAUGGGCCCUUUGGAACUGGAAAAACAUUCACUCUUGCUGCAGCUACAGUCGAACUAAUGAAAGAGGACAGUAACAGAGUCUUAAUAUGCACACACACAAACAGUUCUGCUGAUCUGUAUGUGAAGGAUCAUUUCCAUAAACACGUUGAGUCAGGAAACCUAAAAACCAAACCUCUGAGAAUAAAAGCAAAGGAAAUAUCUCCAAAAAGCACUGAUCAGAUCACAAAGAACUACUGUCUUCUAACUGAAGAUGGCCAGUUUUUCAAAUUCCCCAACAAAGACACAGUGGACUUGACAAGAGUUGUCAUAACAACCACUGGAGUGGCUCGCCUUCUCUGUGACCUGCACCUCCCCAAAGAUUACUUCAGCCACAUAAUGAUUGACGAAGCCUCUCAGAUGCUGGAGUGUGAAGCCCUGAUGGCUCUUGGUCUGGCGGGCCGUGAGACUCGAAUAGUUUUGGCUGGAGAUCACAUGCAGAUGGGGCCCAAGCUAUUCUCUGUGGAGGACGAGAAGCGCUCAGACCACACUCUGCUCAAUCGCCUCUUUCAUUCUUAUAAAAGUGAAAAGGAUAACACUGCCUCACGAAGCAAGAUCAUUUUUAAUGAGAACUACCGCUCCACAAAAGAGAUUGUGGACUUUGUGUCUACUUACUUCUAUGUUGGCAAAAAAGAUGUCAUCAAGGCCAGCGGAAAUGUUGCUGCUCACCCUACACAGUAUGCCUUGAUGUUCAGCCAUGUCCGUGGGGAAUGCCAUCUAGACACAACAACCAUGUCUUGGUACAACCCUGAACAGAUAACAAAUGUUGUUCAGAUUGUUCUAGAGCUUCUCAACAACUGGCCCGUUGAGGAAUGGAAUCAACGAGAUCCCUCUGCCAUCUGCAUUCUCUCACAAGGCACCCAGGUUUACCAGCUCAGGACAAAAUUAAAAGCAGUACAGUUGCACAGUGUCACAGUGGAGAAUGCAGAGAAUGUUCAAGGCAAACAAUUCCGAGUGAUAAUAAUUGUCACAGUGCACACGAGAGAUACAUUAAAGCCGUCUGCUUCCAACUGCUUGGAGUUCUUCAAUGAUGCCCGUGUCCUGAAUACAGCCAUGACCAGAGCACAGUCUCAGGUGAUAGUAGUAGGAGACGCUGCUGCUCUCUGCUACUUUGGGAAAUGCUCCAAAACAUGGAGAAGCUACAUAGAGCACUGCAUUGCAAAUAACAGUGUUAAACCUGAGCAUCUGACCCAGUCUUUUCUAAACGAAGAGGUCAUGGAGAUCUCCAGAUUUGUCCCAACACAGGAAGAGGAUACCAGUGAUACUGAUUCGUCAACAUCAGAAAUGCCUGACAUGGACCCAAUUCUUCAGGAGCUCCUUGAUGAGAGCAAUGAUUGGAAAGUGAACGUAACAGAGGAGGGCGUGUUAGAUAUCUUCAAAAAUGACCAUCUUGACAAGACAUCUGAUGACCAUGAAGAGAAGUACCAUGUGGACCAAAGUGAUUCCGCAUUCCACCAAUGGAAUGGUGAAGAAAAUGAGUUUACAAGCAAAAGUGUGCUCAAACGCUGCACAAUUGUGAUGGAGAGAUAUGACUCAGGCUAUGCUAUACCACUUGAUGACCCAGCUUCAAGGAUUAAAAUCAGUGGAAGGCAAAAUAUUUGCGGUUGUUUUCCUGGUGAUGAGGUCCUUGUAGAAGUGUUGAGCGAAGAAAAUACACCACCUACAGGAAGAGUGCACGGAGAAGGAAGAGCCCCUCCAUCCAGCAAACAGUAUGUAUGCACCAUUGAAAAAACUGACUACCAAGUGAUGACCCCGAUUAAUAGGUGCAUAUCCAAGAUAUACACUCCAUUUUGGAGGGAUAAACCACAGCACAUUGCUGUGCGUAACCCAGAGGACUGGGGGAUUCAGAGAUUUGUUAAGGUUAAUGAGGAAUCUAAGAGAAAUCUUCUUUUUGUUGUCCAAGUAUUGAAGUGGAGAAAGAAUUUUCGCUACCCGCUAGGCAUUGUUGUGAAAGUCUUGCCAAAAGUGACGUCUUUGGAGGCUGGCAUGGAGGUGUUAAACUUAGAGUAUCAGCUCUCAAAGAUUCCUUCACUUCAACAACAAGAAAUGGUCAAACUUCGGGAGUGCUCCAAAGAUUUACAUGGACGGGAUGAUUUCCGCAGCAUCAUAACUUUCACAAUAGAUCCCUCACACUCUCAAGACCUUGAUGACGCAAUCAGUGUAAGAGAUCUUGGCCAAGAUUAUGAAAUAGGGAUUCACAUAGCUGAUGUUGCACACUUUGUGUCCAAGGGAAGUAGAUUGGAUGAAUAUGCUAAACAGCAAGGAACUACUUUCUACCCACCUGGACUUGGAACUACACCUGUGUACAUGUUCCCAAGAGAGCUAAGUGAAGAUUUUUUCAGUCUACUUCCGGGUCGCGAUCGACACACAGUUUCACUUAUGGUGGUCAUUGACAGGACAACGGACCGCAUAAAAUCAACAAAAUUUCACCUCUCUGUGAUUUGCUCAGACCGAAAAGUUUCCUAUGAUGAAGCAGAGGAGAUCCUUCAAAAUCCAACAAUCAGCAGUGACCCAUGCUUUGACACAGUGGAGGGCUGCCUGGAGAUUGCAUCCCACUUCUCAGAAGUUCACAGAAAGGACAGAAAACAGGAUGACUGGUGCUACAAGUCACCAUCUGAAGAUUCAGUCAUUGGUAGCCGACAAUCUCACAGUGUGGUGGAGGAACUCAUGAUCCUCUUUAAUUACAGUAUUGCUCAGGAACUACUCAAGAAUGAGAAGACCAAGAGCUGUACGCCUCUAAGGUGUCAAGAAAGGCCAGAUAUGGCUGGCCUUGGACAGCUACGGGAGCGAUGCAGCCCAUGGCUCCCUCUGUCUAUUCAUCUAUCUCGCCUUAUGGAGGAUGAGGGAGGUCUCAGGAGUCUUCCAGAAGCUAACCGAACUGUGUGCAGCACUGCAAGUGGUGUUGGUCAACAGAGUAAUUCGGACAACACAGCUUUUUUGAGAAAUGGCAGCCGGGAACCUGACACUUUUUCAAUACUUACAUCCCUUCUUGAGAAUCUUCAAACGGCAGCCAACGAAAGAGACAUCCACAGAAUUCUUGACCUCAUCACAACAGAUGAUGUGCAUCCACAGUUGCUGCCCAUUGUCCUUGCAUUCCGGAAGCUCAUUCACAGAGCCCAUGUUCUCCGCUCCAACUCGACUCUCACCUCUAGAGUUGGGCACUUUGAUCUUGAACUGGACUGCUAUAGUUGGGCCUCCUCACCAAUUCGCCGCUAUGUGGAUAUCAUUGCUCAAAGGAUUCUCCAUUCUAUUCUAGAAGACAAAGAUAUUAGGUAUUCACCCAUUGAAAUUGAUCAGGCAUGUGUCAGCUUUUCUCUACAGAAUGACAGGCAGUCCAAGUAUGAGAGGACAUCCCGCAGCCUACACUUUGCCACUGAGUUAAGAACACAAAGUGCAAGGAAGAUUGCUUUCAUCACUGGUAUCCCGCCAAAUGGCAACCAUUUUCAGCUAUCGUUUCCACUGCUACGACACUCAAUAUGUGACGACGUGGUCAUCAUGUACAGGGACCUUCAGUUAGCAGACCAACCCGCGUAUGAUGCACACAGAAACUGUUUAAUUCUUAAAUGGAUUCGAAGGGUGUACUCAUUUAUACGGGAUGACAUCCACUCUGAGCUGGAAAAACAAGUUCCAAAUUCUCUAAUUACACAGGUGUCAAGGGAGGCAUGGGUACGUUUGUUGUCUACCAUUAGGGAAGAAAAAUGGGGGGACAUGCUUGAACAUCUCCAGGAAGUCACCUCAGAAGUAAGGCAUGGGGGUACUUUCAGUUACACAGAGCCACAUGACGGCACAAUGAAAAAGUCUAGGAAAGCAGAUGCAAUGGAGGGCCAUUUUGUUGAGUUUUCACUGCAGCUGAAGCAGGGUGGCACCAUUGAGGUACAGCUUGGAACAGACACUGCAAGGGGACUGCUGGUUCCAGCUGUACAGCUCCUGGUUGUAAACCCUAAUUUUGAGAUUUGCUUGGAACACAUCAAGAACCCAAUCGAGUGUUUCUCCAAAUACGCUCUUCGUGCUUCCAAGGAUGCAUAUCCCACGUACAGUGACUACCAAAAAAUAUGGAGGCCCCUGUGUGAAAUGGAAUCUGCAUGCAAUGCUGUUUCAGAAAAUGAAACCAUUGUCUUAGAAGAUGUGGAGCUUACGUGGACACAUGUUCAAAAAGAUGAAAUUAUGCAAGGAUUCUUUGAACUUCCCUUUGAGAAGAAGGAGCAGUGGGCUAUUGAAUGCGACUUCAGGAAUUGUUUCCUGUGUAUCCGUAUGAGGCGAUAUGACAACGAUUUCCAACCAGAGAAAAAGCGCGCCCAUACACUCACAGAGUGUAAAUACUUAGACCUCACAGAUAUGACCAACGUCAUCUGGAUUGCUCAUGGUGUAACCACUCAAGUCACAGAGGACGAGGAGACCAAAGACAUCAAGAUAGACUUCUGCAUUAAUCACUUACCCAUGACCAAUAUUCCACAGAGAAUCUUUUUGAAGAAUGGAAGAUUCACUGUAGAGUUGAUUCCCAAACUCCUCCCAGAUGUGAGGAAAGAGGAUGCAAUAAAGCGCCUCACCAAGGCAAAUCAACUCGUGAAGGACAUUGCACUUGGCAAACGGAUCCAUUCUGAGAGCAUAAAAAUCAUUGGCAAACAAAGUGGGACAUUUGACAUGGAGAAUCAUCGUGCCUUUGGUUUUCCAUCCUUGAACGAAAGUCAGAAUAAAGCCAUAAGAGAGACACUUCAGAACCGCUUCACCCUCAUACAAGGACCCCCAGGAACCGGGAAAACUGUUGUCGGAGUCCACAUUGUUUAUUGGUUCUUUAAACAGAGUGAUGAGACACAAAACAAGAGAUGCAUUCUGUAUUGUGGCCCAUCUAAUAAGUCUGUUGAUGUGGUUGCAGGUCAGCUCCUGAAACUGACUGCCGUGUUGCGGCCACUUAGGGUUUACAGCGAGCAGAUGGAGGUGCGGGAGUAUCCCUACCCAGGCAGCAGCCUGAAGCUCUCUCGCCAGUCCCUCAGGGAGGGGAAACCCAACAAAGAGCUGAGACCCAUAACCUUGCAUCAUGUGAUGCGGGAGCCAGAUAAUCCAUUCUCAUCAAAGAUACGUCUCUUUGAUGAACGAAUUAAAAGAGGAGACAACCUUGAGGAGAGUGAAAUUAAGAGGUACAAAAGUCUCCUGCAGAAAGCCCGCAAGCACGAGCUGUUGAGGCAUGACGUCAUUCUGUGCACUUGCACCGCUGCCUCACACCCAAACUUUGCCAAACUCAACCCCCGGCAGAUCAUCAUAGACGAGUGUGCCAUGGCAACAGAGCCUGAGGCUUUCAUCCCGUUAGUCACCCAUCAGCCUGAGCAGAUUGUCCUUAUUGGUGACCAUAAGCAGUUGAAGCCUGUCGUCCAUUCUGAUGUGGUGGAAAGACUGGGUAUGAGCAAGUCUCUCUUCGAGCGGUAUAUGAAGAAAGCCUUGAUGCUUGAUAUCCAGUACAGAAUGCAUGAAGACAUCUGUGAGUUCCCUUCACAGCAGUUCUACAAUGGCUACCUAAAGACUGGACAACGCCCUAAGGCAAGGCCAAGUGUACUCAUGACCGCCUCACAGCAUCCAACCCCUAUCUUAUUUGGACAUGUUGAAGGGAAGGAAGUGGGUCUGGUGGUGUCAACAGAAAGGGGGAAUGAAAAUUCAAUGGCAAACCUUGAAGAGGCUGAACAAACGGUCCGGCUUGCAUCACUGCUAAUAAAGUCAGGAAUAGAUGCAGAACAGAUUGCCAUCCUCACACCCUACAAUGCACAAGUGGCCAAGAUCAAUGCAGAAGUGGCCAAGAUCAGUGAGACUCUGUUAUUGAGAGGCCUCCUCAAAGUCACGGUUAGCACCAUCAUGAAGAGUCAAGGAAGUGAAUGGAGGUAUGUUAUCUUGUCCACUGUGCGUUCCUGUCCCAAAUCCGAAAUUGACAGUGCACCAACUAAAUCCUGGCUCAUGAAAAAGCUGGGAUUUGUCAUGGAUCCCAACCAGGUUAAUGUGGGAAUCACAAGGGCACAAGAGGGCCUGUGCAUCAUUGGAAAUCAGACUCUGCUGCAGUGCAGUUUCCUCUGGAAGAAGCUACUGAAUCACUACCAUGGAAAGUGGUGUGUGGUGAAUCCUGCUAAAAACAUCCAGGUGCAGAAAAACAAAGGUGGAACCCAGACCAAAGGCGUCAGGACCCUCCUACUUAAAAACUAAUGUGCUAGCGUAGCUAUGUCAGUUAUCAGACAGUGUCAAACAUCGGCCAUUCUGUUAAACAAUCAAAAUGCUAAGUUUAAUAAUGGAUUAACAAUCUAUAACUUCAGUUUAAUAAUGGAUUCACAUGACAACGCAAAAGUUUGCCGAUAACACACGCCGUCCGAUAAUUAACACCGUUACGAUAAGUUCCGUCUUUAUUUGUAAUUAGGUACAAUCAUCUGGACCAUCUGAAUCACAACCAAACUAUUGGUUGAGUAUUAAGUAAUAUUUAAUGAGUAUUUUUGUGUCUAAAUAAUAAUGUACAGAUUGUAAAGACGAAUGAACUUUUGAUGUACAGAUAUUUUGAUAUUUUUUACUUUAUAUGAUGUUUUGUAUUGUGUUUAUUUUAAAUUUUGUGUUUGUAAUGUAUUCGUUGUUAUGAAAGGGUAAUUUGGUUGUAUUAUGUUCUAUAAAUAAUUGUUGCAAAUAUUUUAUUUUACUAUAUUAUUCUAUUGCACUUUACCUAUGCUUGUCACAGUCAAUGUCACUGUACUUUUACACAAAUAUAUUUAAGCUUCCUUUAAGCAUUCUGGGACAUUUUGAGACAAAAGCUGUAAUUUUUGUCACCAAUGUUUAGUCAACAUUCCAUGUCUGGUUGUCUAGACAUACAGUAUAUGUUAAUAAUAAGCUAUACAGUCCAGCUUAGCUGGAUUUUAAGAAAUGCCAGCAUAUGAAAGAGUUUUCUUGUAACUAUACACCCAUACUGAUAUGUGUAGUGUGAUUGAUGACAUCUCAGUAAAAGUUCCCUCUUCAUUUUU